UUCGCAAAGACUAUUUCCAUGUUCACAAAGACAACACAGUGUAUGUAUAUAUAUAUCUAAUGAUCUGGUGUCUUUUCAGAAUCCGAAUUCACCAUCUUCUUCCUUACAUAAUCACUUUCCUCUCUGAGAAAAUCUCCCAAAUCAGUGAUCAAGAAGCUUACUUGUGAGCCAAGAAACAUAAACACACAAAACAGACACCCAGAAAACCAAUUAAAGGGGGAUGGCUUCGAUGGGGGAGAUGUGGAUGCAAACAGGCUCUGCUCUGGCAAGCCUAAUGUUCGUAUACACAAUAUUUCAGCAGUUCUUCCCCGUCCAUCUCAGAAUCUACCUCGAAGCAUGCGCCCACAAGCUCAUCGGAAUCGUGUACCCUUAUAUCCAGAUCACGUUCCACGAGUACAGCGGCGAGUAUUUCAACAGAAGCGAGGCCUACACGUCGAUUCAGACGUACCUCGGCAAAGAUUCCUCGGCUCGUGCCAAGAAACUCAAGGCCAACGCCGUCAAAGGGAGCAGGUCUUUGGUCCUCAGCAUGGACGACUACGAGGAGAUCACGGAUGAGUUCAAUGGCGUCAAGGUCUGGUGGCAAUCGAACAAGAACCGCUCCAAGAAUCAGUUGAUUUCGUUUUUCCCCGACGAGACUAACGAGGGCAGGUUUUACAAGCUCACUUUCCAUAGACGUGACCGGAGGCUGAUCACCGAGGAGUAUCUCGAGCAUGUCAUGAAACAAGGGAAGAAAAUCGCGGUGCAGAACAGGGAGAGGAGGCUUUUCUCCAACAACCCCAGCCAGAACUGGUCGGGAUGGAGACAGACCAAGUGGAGCCAUGUGCCCUUUGAGCAUCCCGCGAGGUUCGAAACUCUGGCCAUGGAGAAGAAGAAGAAAGAAGAGAUCAUGGGGGAUUUGACCAAGUUCAAGAACAGCAAGGACUAUUACCAGAAAAUCGGGAAGACGUGGAAGCGAGGGUAUCUCCUCUUCGGUCCACCAGGAACAGGGAAAUCAACCAUGAUCGCAGCCAUGGCUAAUUUCUUGGAUUAUGACGUUUACGAUCUUGAACUGACAACGGUGAAGGAUAACACGGAGCUGAGGAGAUUACUGAUCGAGACGACAGGGAAAUCUAUCAUUGUGAUCGAAGACAUCGAUUGUUCGCUUGAUCUUACCGGUCAGAGAAGCCAGAAGAAGGAGAAAGAAGAGGAGAAAGACGAGAAGAACCCGGUCGAGAAGCAGUUGAAGAAAGAAGCUGAGAACAAAGACAGCAAAGUGACGUUAUCCGGGUUACUGAACUUCAUCGACGGGCUUUGGUCGGCGUGUGGAGGGGAGAAAAUCAUAGUGUUCACGACGAAUUUCGUGGACAAGCUCGACCCGGCUUUGAUCAGGAAGGGAAGAAUGGACAAGCAUAUAGAGAUGUCGUAUUGCUGCUUCGAAGCGUUUGAAAUGUUGGCCAAGAACUACUUGGACGUCGAGUGGCAUGAACUCUACGACGAGAUCAAGAGAUUGCUCGGGGAAACCAAGAUGACACCGGCGGACGUAGGGGAGAAUCUGUUGCCGAAAUCGGAAGACGAAGAUGCAGAGACUUGUCUGAAGCGUUUGAUAGAGGCGUUGGAGGAGGCAAAGAGGAAAGCAGAGGAGGAGGAGGAAAAGAAGAAGAAGGAAGAGAAAUCGAAAGAUGAAGAUGUGAAGGUUGAAAAUGAAAAGAAAGGAGAGAGAAGCGAAGAAAACGGCGAAAAGAAGGAUUGAGCAAUUCAUACAUAACACGACAACACAAGAAACUUGUCCUCACGCACCAAAAACAGAGAUUUAAAUUCAAACUUCAAAAUAAAGAAAGAGGCCCAUGGGCCUUGACAUGUUGAUAAAGAUCCACAACAGCUUUUUCUAUCGCUAGUUUGAAUUUCCAUUUA